AUCCUAACUAGAUUUCAAAAAUUGAGGUUAGGUUUAAUUGUAAUUCACGUGUCUAAUGAAAAUAUGAAAAAACCGGUCAAACGCCGUCGUAAUGCUAGUGAAAAUGAAAAAAAGGCCGAACCAGAGCCUUUGCCUGCUGUGCGACAUUCAGACGAGCCUCUACCGAAAAAAGCCAAAUGGGUGAACAAACAGCGAGUUCUUGUCUUCAGUUCUCGUGGAAUCAAUCACAGAGACAGGCAUUUAAUGGAAGAUUUAAAAAAACUGAUGCCACACCACAAACCCGAAUCAAAAAUGGAGAGGAGCAAAAAUUUAUCAAUUGUCAAUGAGAUGUGUGAAAUGAAAAAUUGUAACAAGGCCGUUAUGUUUGAAGGGAGGAAGAAAAUGGAUUUGUACAUGUGGAUGGCCAAUGUUCCAAAUGGGCCUAGUGCGAAAUUUUUGGUCGAGAAUGUGUACACAAUGAGUGAAUUAAAACUGACUGGGAAUUGCUUGAGGGGUUCUAGACCUCUACUCAGCUUUGACCCUAGUUUCACAGAGAAGCCCCACUACACCCUCCUGAAAGAACUUCUAAGCCAAACAUUUGGGGUCCCCAAACACCACCCAAAAAGCCAACCUUUCUUUGACCACGUUUACACUUUCACAGUUUUGGAUAACCGAAUUUGGUUUAGAAAUUUCCAGAUUUUGUCGGAAGACGGCGCUUUGGCUGAAGUGGGGCCCAGAUUUGUCCUAAAUCCAGUAAAAAUAUUUUCAGGAAGUUUUGGUGGUGCCUCACUUUGGGAGAACCCGUUUUAUGUGAGUCCCGCAAAAUACAGGCAACAAAUACGUCUCUCUGCCAAAAACAAAUAUCUCAAUCGUGUACAACAGAAAGCACACGCGAGUACAAUAGACUCAGGCGAAGGUUACAAAAUGAAACCUUUGGAUGAUAUUUUCGAAGGGGACCCGCUUGAAAAAGCCCAACAAAUUGAGGAAGAAAAGACGCAAAUAGAAGAAAAACCGAAGAAUGUUUUGAGGAAAAAGAAAUUCGGGAAGAAGAAAAAACAGAAAUGAGUUGCUUGUAACAGGUUUAUUUUCAUUAAAAUUUAUAAAAACAGCGCGUUUUUUGUACAACAUACAUAUAAAAAUACUUUUUGCUCCUAGGUGCGUAAGUGGGAAUGGUGCUAGUAAUUCAAUUCUUAUAAAAAUAUUGCUAUAAGAAAUGUUAUGAUCUAAAUUAAAAAUGUUCACAACCUGUUGGUCCAAUAAACAGAUAAUGAGUAUAUUUGUUAAUAAAAAUCUCAAAAUGUAAAAAUCUCUGAAACAGUCUUUAGUGCGAUUAAUUUUCUGCUAUAUUAAGUGCGUGAAUUUUUAAUUGUAUCAGUUUAGGCCAUUACAGGGGGCAGCGUUGUUUUUUAUAUAUUUUUUUGGUCUACAAGUUGGAAGAUAAAUAUUUUUAGAGCCUAAUUACGCAAUGUUUCAUAAUUUAUACACCAAUUAAUGUCA